UGUUAAUAGUGCGCGUUACAUAAAUACACUAGGAAAAACAAUUAGGUUUGGGGAAUUUUGAACGUCUAAUUGGAAAACCUCAGUUGCGUAUCAAUUGUACGGUCAGUUACCAUGGCAACAACUCUUUAAGCUGCAACGCUAGCUAAAUUCACGACUGGUUCUUUGCAUCGUCAUAGUCUCAUAAAAAAAUCAGCUUACUCAUGAAACCUUAUCGUUAAAGGACUUGCUGGUGUAAGGGAUGGGAGAGCCUGCUGUGGUAACCCUGCAGCACCAGAUGAGCGGCAGGUAGUGACGUUGCUAAAGCAAUGUUUUGGUGCCAUAUACAAUGAAGAAGAUAUUCAACUUUACUAAGAAAAAGAAACACCCGUCAGGCACCCCUGACAGUGCAAGUGUGCUUUCUGUUGGCUAUGACCUGAAAGACAAGGACCUCGGGAAGGUUCACAAGGCUGCCUUAGCGGGUGAUUUGGCAAAGCUGAAGCAGUUGGCUAAGAAGAAUGACAUCAAUCAACUUGACAAGGAGAACAGAACCGCACUGCAUAUCGCCUGUGCUAGUGGUCAUGUUGAGGUGGUGCACUUCCUCGUUGAGAGCAAAGCCAAGCUUAACCUAUGUGACAAUCAAAAUAGAUCCGCCUUAAUGAAGGCAGUGCAGGGCCAGCAUGACAACUGUGUGAGCAUACUGCUGGAAAAUCAUGUGGACCCUAACCUGGUGGACAUCAAUGGCAAUACAGCACUACAUUUAGCAGCAAACAUCCCAUCCGUCCCCACCGCUGUCCUGUUGCUGCAGCAUGGGGCUCAAAUCAAUGCCCAGAACAAGGAGGGUUUCACACCCUUAACUGUAGCCGUGCGAGAGAACCAUAUCGAGAUGGCUCAGUUUCUCCUCAAGGAGACUGCUGAUGUGAAUUCUGUGGACCACGACCAAAGGUCCCCAUUAAUGAUAGCUGCUGGCAAUGGAGAAAUCAGUAUGGUGAAGCUGCUCCUGCAGUUUGAUGCAGAUAUCACACUAAAGGAUACCAAAGGAUGGUCAGCUGAUGAUUAUGCAGUAAUGAAUGGGCAUCAUCCCUGUUCCCUCCUGAUCAUAGAGCACGAUACCCAGCGGACCGAUAGGGCCUCCCUAUCACAUCAAGGUCUGAGCAACAAGAAGAAUAAAAUGCUGGGCAGUCCUUCUCAAGAUGUUGAAGCAGGCUUCUCUUUGGGAGGACCAGCCACUGACAGAGACGAGCAUCGAGCAGAUGAAGCAGGGAGAGAUUUUGAAGACAAUUCUCAGUCGGAGUCACUAAGCCGUGUUUCAAAAAGGACUGCAGAUGAUUGGCCGACAUCAGAUGACGAUGAUGAAUCUGUUGUAAUCGAAAAGAAACCACUGAAAGUAGACUUAAGCAAAAUGAUUGCAUCUAAAAAGGGACAAGCUGGCACUGCAGCUGAGCAGGAAGAAAGAAAACACUCCGAACAACCUUUGGGUUCUAAAUUAAGAUCAGACUCUCAAGAUGGCAGCUCAGAUGACUCUGAAGAGGAGGAUGGAGAAGAAGAAGAAGAAGAAGAGGAGGAAGAAGAAGAAGAAGAGGAAGAAGAAGCAGAUGAGGAGGAGGAGGAGGAGGAAGAUGAUGAAGAAGAUUCUAAUGAAGAGGAAGAUGAAGAUGAUGAAGAAAGUGAUGAAGGGGAAGAAGAAGAAGAGAAUGGAUCUGGAGAGGAGGAUGAUAGCAACUGUGUUGCUACUGUCAACCACAGCACUGCUGAAUUUAAAGAUCCUCCCAUCAUACAUGGUGCUGACAUCUCUUCCAACAGUGGAACUUUUCUUGAGGUUGUACAUGAGAAUGUAGAUGCCUCAGAGAAAGAUGCCAAAACAGAGGCUUUAAACGCUGACCUCAUCUGCCCUGUUGGGACAUCAAGCUUUCCUGUUCCAGCAGCAUUAGAUAUAGUGGCGGAUUGUGUUGUGUCAGCUAUUCGGGUAGAGUCUAAAUUUUCAGAUGAAGAUGAGAGCUUGGGAAAGGAAUGUUUACGGUCAUCAGAUCAAAAAGGAAUUUCUAACCAGGAUUCAACAGGACAUUGUGCAGAGACUCAUUCAAAAGGUGAGGUUACGAAGGAAGAGUUUGAGCGGGAAACAGAAAAGGAUGAUGAAGACUCAUGGAGCAAUAAGCAGAAUAGUGGUGAAGUAGUAUGGAAUGACAGUGAUAAUGAAGAGGACAGGCAGACGGGAAGAUUUGGGGACAAACAUUUGCUUGCUAAUCAGACAACUGUAUUACCUGAUGUUGGUACAGAAAGUGCAGAUAGUCUGUCUGAUGCUAAAGAUGAUGCUGGAUCGCACAAAAAGGUUUCUGAAGGAGAGAAACGCAGGUCGUCAUGGGGUUCUUCAUUAGAAGACAGUGACAGUGAUAUACCUAAGAAGGAGGAUUCCACUGAGGAUGAGGACGAGGAUGAUGAUGAUGAUGAUGACAAAGAAGGGGAGCAAGAUGAGGAGGAAGAAGGAGACAUAUCAGAUGAGAAUGAUCAGCUCGAAGAAAGUGGAGAAUCUCAUGAUGCCAACUUGCCUGUUCCCGAGGCCGAAGUUUCUACAGAGAAUAAAAGGGAUUUCCUGUCUGAGCUGGGUCUAGAGAGGGGUGAGGAUGACCAGAAUUCAUGGAGCUCUGAGUCCCUCUCUGAAAAUAUAAAUGCACAGAAACAAGACUUAAAUACCCAGAAUCAAGAAGAGAUCAAAGAGGUUGGAAGCAGCAGUAAUGGUGAUCUUGGAGGUGAACUUGCUGAUGAAUACAAUAAAGUACAGAAAGAGACCGAGAGGGCAAAAUGGGAACCGCUUAGUGUUUUAAGCAAACUUGAAGGAGAUGUCAGCCGAAAAACAGAUGUAAUGGAAGAACUUGGUCUGGGUGAUGUUGAUGAUCUGGAAGCUCAAAAAGGAGAUGUGUCAGACUGGGACUCAGCCAGUACUGCCAGUAAGGGAGCCCUCCCUGGCCACAGAGUGGCCUCCCCUGGAGUUGAGGAAAUUCCAGAGUGCUCCAGUUCAUCUGAUAAGGAGCAGGACAAAGAUGAUAUUCCUGCAGUGCCCCUAACUCAUCAGAGGAGCAUCAGCCCAGAAAAGAGACUGCUCAGCACACCCUCUCAUUCUGUUCCCCAGCCACAACCUCGUGCACGGAAGAUGGUGCCUGAGAAACUAGAAAGUAAAGAAGAAUCAGAUUGGGAAUCAGAAAACAUAACAUCUAUCAAAACAGCUCAAACUGACAAUCAGCUACCAAAUAUAGCUGAGCCUCCAGUAACAGUUAAACCAAGUUCCCCUGACCUCUCAAUGAUGGAAAAAGACAGUGAAAAUGGCACAGAGUUUGAAGACCAGCAACAAAAGGAGAAAGAUGACGCAGUAGAUAGAAGUGAGUUAGACCUAAAUAAAUCUGACACUGGAAAAAAGGAUAGUGAGUUUAGAGAUUGGUGCAGUCCUGAAGAAAGCAGUGGUGUGGAUGAUGCCCCAUGGGAAAAACGUUAUGAGAAGCUCUGGGUAGAGGUGGAGAAAAGAGACGCAAAAUCCACCUUCAAGAGUGUCGCAGGUGAAUUAAAAGAAAAGUUUGGAGAACUGUUUAAAUCAAGACUUUCAGCAGAUGACGUUGCAGAAGAACAAGCCACAGCUGGGUCGACCUCUGCAGAAGAAGAUUCAAGUGAUGAAGAAGAUGAGGAAAUCAUUGUGCGCCCUACUGCGAGAGCCAGAAGUACUGUCCUUCUCACCAUACCUGAGCAGAGAGAGUCUGGACCAGAGGACUCUGUCCCAGAAUCAAAUGACAACUCCUUAUGCGAGGACAGGAUGCAGAAGUGUGGGCAGGCAGUUUGUGACAGCACCAUUUGUCAGGAGCCUGAACAGCUCACUAGUAAUGCUCUGGAGUCUCCUUUACCACAUCUCAGCACAGCACAGGAAGAGAGCAACAUAAAUCGUACUACCAAAGCUGUUACAGAUGGACCUCCAAGUCCCACGUGUGUCACUGACCAUAGCUUGUUCUUAAAAGAUGACAAAAAACAAUGCACAGACCCCAUCUUGAACAGUACAGCCGCUGGGCUAAAUCAAACAGAGGAGAAUACUGCAAGUUCAGAAGAUGAGCUCAAGGAGUUUGCGGGAUUUCAGCCUUCUUCACUAAGUAGGCAUUCAGCAUCUGUCCCCGGUGUUUCCGAUGAGGACUUGGAAGAGGACCUGGAAAGGUUUAAACUUGAGGUAGGGAUGCUGAGGAUUGUCUUCCUCGAUAUGGAGAAAGAAAAGGCCCAACUUCAGAAAGAGGUUGGCAAAGAGACAGCAGAAACUGAGGUUGAGGUGCAAAAAUCAAGUGGGUUACCCGGUGGAAUGGUAUUGGGAGAAACUGGUACAGCGAAACCUGAGACCAGCUUAAGAUGCAUAUCAAAUCAAGCUGUAGCACUUGACCUGGAACAGCAGCGAGAGGCCACCAUGAGUACCAACAGGGCUCCAGUGCAAUUUCAUCUCCCAGUCCAGCAGAUCUGCAUUAGCAACAAACAAGAGAAGCGAGCUGUAGAGGAGACCUUACAGCUGGAGUUGGUCCGAGGGGCCCAGGGCAGCAGAGCCCCUCAGACCAACACGCAUGUUAACGGAAAUCCUCUCUCUGUGUUUGACGAUGGCACUUUAAGUGAAGUGUCGGAUGAUGAAGGAAGUUUGGCAACCAGUGGACAAAAGAAAGACAAGGACCCUGACGAAGUGGGAAUGGCAGAGGAUUUUGAUGAACUCACUCAGUCCUCAGACACAGCCACAGAUGACAUUGAUUCACCCACUGCAGGCUACCGUCACGCAUCCCUCCUCAUUCAGAAGCUGGACUCAGCUACUUUGGACUCAACAAGCAUAGUGAAGCUGCAGAACAUUUUCCAUGAAUAUGAACGCUCCAUCCAGAAGGCAAGGAGUCGCCAUGGGUAUCUGACCGAUAAAGUGACCCAGCUGGAAACAGAGAGGGCAGAGCUGAAGAGCUCUUUGGAGGACAUUAAAGACACUAAGUCUGCCUUAGAGCGGCUUCAGUUGGAAUUACAGACUGAAGUUACAAACCUCAAAUUUCAGCUGAAACAGGAACAGGAGAAUCAUGGCCACACCACCAUGAAGUACAAUACCGGUAGAGAUAAGCUGAGGAGGAUGGAGGAGCAGCAUCAGUUAGAGAUUCAGGAGAGACAGAAGGUACACAGGAACCUGGAGCUGGAGAUGAGAACACUGGUCAACAAUAUGAAACGGCUUGAAGAGGUUCACAGCGAGACCCAGAGACUGCUGGCUCAGGAGCGCAGUGCACGCACCCUGCAGGAGAAUCUUCUGAGCAGCCAUCUGAGGAAGCAACAAGAGAUGGAAGAGGAAAACAAAAGAAACAUGAGCAAAAGCAAUGAAGUCUUGUCUCAGCUCACUGAAGCCAGUGACAGGGAGAGAGAGUUACUGCAGCAGACUGCUACCUUACAGGAGCAGCUCACCAUCCUGAGGACAGACUUUGAGCGUUUGCAGUCUCAAAGCAGUCUCAAAGAGAGCCACAUUACAGAGGAGAACGAGGCGCUUAAAGAAGAGCUCGAAGAGACACGGCGAGAGCUCAAACUUAACAGCGAAGCCGUCGCCCAAGCUGUUUUCAACUGCAAUAACCAGCUGACCACCCUUAAAUCUGACUUGGCGAUAACAACAACCCGUCUGGAAAAUGAACGUCAGAUUCGCGAAACACUGGAGGAGGAGGUUGAGUCAACUCGCACCCGUCUGGCUGGAGCAAUAAAGGAAGCUGAGCUUUGCCUGGCAGCUAAGUCAGAAACAGAAAAGGCUCUGCUCUGGGAGAAAGAGGAACAUCAGCGUCUCCGAGACAGACUCACUGGUGAAACAGCCAGUCAGCGUGAGGCAGUCAGCAGCCUGUCCCAGAAACUGGCCAAGGAAGAGUCCCGUGCAAACAGCAUGGAAAAUGAAGUUCAUCGGGUCACAAUGCAGCUGACAGAGAAGGGCGUACUGCUGGAAGUGCUACAGCGCGAAAAGGAACAGGCAGCCGCACGCGCCAAGGAGCUAGAAGCGGCUCUGCAGGCUGAGAGGGAGCUGGUCGGCCGUACUGGAGCACGUCAGGAGGCCGCACAAGAGCGGCUAGCUCAAGCGCAGAGUGAGGCCAUGUUACUACGGCAACAGCUAGAAGAGGCCCAAAACAAAGGUGCUGCAAAGGAGCGUGCUGUGUCAGAUGCCCAAGAGCGCUUUAGUGACAUUUUGUCCAAGCUGCGCUCUGACUGUGAAGAGAGGGUACAGUUACUAGAAGACAGAAAUAAGGAGCUUGCCAGUAAGUCGGCGGAUCUUCGCGAUCAGGUCUACAAGUUAGAGGAAGAGAAGAAUGAAAGAGAGACUAGUCUGAGGCAGCUGCAGCAGGAACUCGCUGACUCACUCAAGAAGUUGUCAAUGAGCGAAGCCUCUCUGGAGGUCAACACCCGCUAUCGCAAUGACCUGGAAAAAGAGAAGGCUCGGCUCCUCAAAGACCUGGACAGGCUCAAAGGAAAGCUAGAGGAAAGUGAAGAUCAUUAUGUGCAGGCAGAGAGACGGAUCAUCAGCCUGAAGAGCAGUUUGGAAGAAAGGGAAAAGGAACUCUCCACUUCUGCUCAGAAACUCCAGGAGGCGCUGUCUACCUCAGCAGCUUCUGACACCACAAUCAAACAGUUGGAGGAAGCUGUGCAAAGGCUGGAGAUUGAGAAUGCCAGACUAGAAGCUGCUGCAAAACAACAGUCCAACAAAAUCGAUGCACUGCAGAAAGGGGCUCAGGAAGCUGCAGUGCUAUCUGACUGCUCACCUGGAGGAGGGGUUCGAAGUCAUUUGGAGGACUUGGUUACGAACCUCCAAAGCAGUAAGAUGACUUUGGAAGACCAACUCAAUAGAGAGGUCCAGAAGCAAAGCUUGCUCUCUCAUACAGCCCAGGAUUCUCAGGCCCUGUGGGAGGAGGAGCUGAAGAGCCGCUCUAAGUUAGGACUGCGAUUGGCAGAACUUGAAAAGGAAAAAGGAGAACUGAACACCCAGAUGGAGAUAGAAAAGAAGAAAGCCAAGAAAAUAGCAGAGCAGAAGAAAAGUGUAGACACGCGUCUGGAUCAAGAGAUAAAGAGAAACACCGAGCUUCAAAAAGAAAUGUACAGGCUGCGAACCUUAUUGAAGACUGCAAAGAAGAAACUGCGAGAUCAAGACGCUGGUGGUGCUGAAUUUGGUUCUCCCAUGAGCAGUCUGCGGAUGGAUCUGGGCAGACACGGCCACACUGAGGGGCCCUUGGGACGAAUGAAAGACAGGGUGGAUGAUUUGCAGGUGCAGCUGGAGAAGGAAUCAUCUCGUCGCAGCCAGCUAGAGAAGUUGAAUGAGGAGCUUAAGAAUCAGGUGGCUUCCCUGAAGAGCAUGGGCCACAGUAAUGACUUGCUGGAGAGGAGUAAGAGGCAGUUGGAGGAAGAGGUACUGGACCUAAGACGCCGGAUGGAGGCCGCUCAGGCGGAGCAGAGCCAUGUGGAGCUGUACCGGCGUAAUGCAGAGGAAAGGGCCCGGCAGGAGAUACAACAGAAGCUGGAGCAGGUCAACCUAUUCCUCCAGUCCCAGGCAGCAUCCCAGGAAGCACUCGAUCAGAUUAAGGCUGCCAAUGAGGCUAACCUGCGCUCUCAGCUGGAGCAGAGGAUCCGGGAGCUGGAGGGGGAAUUGGGGCGGGCCCGCACCUCCCAGCAGGAGAGCCUUAAUCAAAGAGACUCCACACACACAGAGCUUGAGAGAUACCGCCAACUCUACACAGAGGAACUGCGCCUACGCAAGUCCCUAGCUGCUAAACUAGACAGGGCCAACAGUCGGCUCACGGAAGCCAAUUCCAAGUUGCUCAAUGAGCGCAGCAGGUCUCUGAUCACAAACGGUAGCCUUGGAGGGCCAUCACUGGACAUGAGCUCUUUGGCUUCACCAGCCAACUAUGGGGCCACACUGGGGCCCCUCAACAGGAGUCUUGGCCUGGGACUCUCCCUCCUCAACCCUGUGACUGAGGGCCAGAACAGCAGGGUGGAGGACUAUCUAGCCAAGAUGCAGAGUGAGUUGGAUAGGAACAUAUCACAGGAAUUAAGCAAAGCCACAGCAGAGCUGGAUGUUGCCUCAUCUCGUAUGUCCCCUGUGGGCUCUGCCUCCAGAGUGGAGCUGGACCCAGUUAGCAGAGCAACGCAACAGUACUUGGAAGUACUGAAGAAGAACUACAGUAUAUGAUUUGACUGAUUUCAGUCAAACUUCAUAUUUCAUCCGUUAAAAACAAAGAGAAUGUUCUUAAUCUUUAUCCUCUUUAAUGAAAACAUAAUUAAUGCACAUUGCACUUAAAACCUCAGGAGCAAAGGACGAGUCAUAUAUGUGAUAAAAAUUUAUAUAUCUUGAAACAUGGAAAGCAUUUGAAACACACAAUGGUAGUUUGUUUAUUUGCAUAUAUGUGUUGAUGAGGGUGUACUUGUAAGCAUUACUAAGAAACGAAUAUGCCAUGAUAUUACAUUUUUGGUACGUGCCAUCAAAUGGUGCAAUAUCUGUCUUACUUUAGUAUUGUGUUUAUUUUAUUUAUUCUUUUUUUAUGAACAUGAUAUACUUGAACAAGACAAGCUGGAAUACUCUCCAGCUAUAGAAACAGGGUGACUACACUCGCACAACUGUCAUUUCAGCGUUUGGUUGGCUUGUUUUUAAGGUCACUAAGAGUGCAGCUUUUUCCUCCUCAUUGCUUAUUAUAAAUGCUGUAACAAAGUUGUACUAAUUUGAACAAUUGUGUAGUAUUUUUGUGAAAUAUAAUUAAAAAUCUUC